UAUUGCGUCACACGCCUGAGACGUCAGCCAGAGACGUCAUCACUGCGUGCCACACAGCACGGAUUUAGCAAAUGUGUUGAGCUAAUGGCGAGUUUUCUGUAGAUUUGUGUGCUCACCUCGCGCAGAAAAUGUCGGUAUUUCACGAUGAAGUAGAGAUUGAAGACUUUGAGUAUGACGAGGAGACGGAGACGUAUUACUUCCCCUGUCCGUGCGGAGACAAAUUCGCCAUAAGUAAAGAGGAUCUGGAGAACGGGGAGGACGUGGCCACGUGUCCCAGCUGCUCUCUCAUUGUUAAAGUUAUCUAUGAUCAGUUUCACAGAGAAACUUUGACUAGCCAGACCUUCCUCCGCAGCGCUGUGGAGGAGGGUCUGGACAUGGGAGACUAG